AUGGAAACAAGAUCUGCUAAGAGAAAGAAACUUUUACUAAAUGCCAUAUCUGAAAAAACCCCUCAAGGUCACGAAGACCGGAUCAGUGAUCUCCCUGAUGCUGUUCUUCAUCAUAUUCUUUUCCUUCUACCCAUCAGAUCAAUUGCUCAAGCCAGCAUUCUUUCCAAGCGAUGGAGGCAAAUAUGGUACACUUUCCCUGAUCUCGACUUCACUAGCGUUGGUGCAGUUGCUGAUGCUCCCGUUAAAAAUGCUACUGAUUCUAAAAAAUUGCAUUCUUUGCUGGCCAAAGGUGCUGAAUUCAUCAGUCAGGUUUUAGCUCUUCGUGAUCAUAAUAAGUAUUCUGACUUAAGGGUCCUCCGAUUUCGUGCUUGUUUGAGCUUUUCUAGCCUGAAUGGCCUAAUCAGAAGAGCCAUAAGGUUUAAUGUUCAAGAACUUGAUAUUGAGGUUACAACAAAUGACUUCUUCAAUUUCCCACGCAGUGUUGUACUCAGUCAGUCACUGAGGAUUUUUCGGUUGAAAUCUCAAUAUCCUGGUUUUCGAUUGCCUCCCGUUACCAUUCUUAAGGGUGGAUUUGGAUCACUGUUGUCGUUGUCACUUUCACGUGUGAUUUUGUAUGAUCAGCCUUCCCUUCUUAAUUUGUUUUCAGGUUCAUCUUUCCCUAUGCUUAAGAAAUUGAGUUUAGAAAUAUUUAUUGGAUUGAAGCAUCUUAGUGUUAGUUGUCGAGGCCUUGAAGAUUUAACCUUAGAGAAUUGUUUUCAGUUAGAAGAUUUGGAGAUCUGUAGCCCAAAACUUGAGAAUUUACGGAUUGUAGGUUGCUUUGAUGCUUAUAGUAGUAGUAGUUUGUUGAAGAUUGAUGGUCCAAGAAUUAAAAUGAUCUUUUGGUCGCAUAAUUCUAUCCCCGCAAACUGUUCUGUGGAGAACUUGAUUUCUUUGCAUGAGGCGUUUGUGGGUUUUUUUGUGCUUCACGAGGACAUGAGUGCAGCAAAGCUUCGGAGUGUAUCCAAUUUUCUGUCUGGACUUUCUCAUUCACAGUCUCUUACACUUGAAAGCCCAUGUAUUGAGAUUUUGUCGAAAAACUAUCAUUUUGGUGGAGUUUUCCAAUAUCCUUUUAGUAGACUCAUAUCCAUGGAGCUGCAGACCGGUUUCAAUACACAUAAUCUUCCAGGAUUAGCUGGUUUGUUCCGCAAUUCGCCCAAAGUUCAUACGCUCAUCAUGAAAAUUGACGAGGUUCAAAAUGCUGAAAGGAGAAAAUGGAAUAGGGACCUCUGGGAAUCAUCUAGCUCAGGGGAAGAAAGAUUCUGGGAAUCACAAAGCCAAGCUAUGAACUCCUUCCUUCAUCACUUAAAGGUGGUAAAGAUCCAUGGAUUUUCAGAAUGUGAGAAUGAUAUUAGCCUCGUGAAGUUUUUGCUCAAGCAUGGAAAGGUUUUGCAAGAAAUGUUUCUCAGCUCAAGUCUCUCGAAGCCCGGAAAUUCACUUGAGCGGGAGAAAAUAAAGUCACAGAUAAUGGGAUUUUCUCGUGCUUCUUCCAAUGCCAAGAUUUGGUUUCAGUAG